AUGUACGAUUGGGUUAAAGCAACCAACUUUAAGCAGCAAGAAAAGCCACAAAAAUAGCAACUCAGCUCCAUAAUUGCGGAGAAUAUUUUAUCAAAGGAUACUCAGAGCAGCUCUGCAUUUAUGAAAAGUUAAAGCUACUUUGAUCCUCACACUUAAUGGAGAAGUCUGCCAAUGCAAGAGUCUCGUUAGUAUAAACAAGGAAAGUUCGAUGAAACUGAAAAGUUAAAAGCAAGAUUUAGUUCUUAAAAUUAAACAAAUGUCAAGAAUACAGCAAGUGGCUAGUAAUAUCAGUUUCAGCUAAGUCCUUACAUGAGCUUAUCUAAAUUUAAUCAAUUUAAGCACGUAAAACAUUACGAUUUAAACAAAUUUCUCAAUGAUUAAAAAGAAAGAGAUAGCAAGAGAACUUUCAGGAAAGCUGAUUUUUCUAACAUAUCAAUUUCUAAAAAUGACAAGAUAAAUCAUCUAUUUUAGAAGACAGCAUAAAUUUUUAAGAAUUCUUCAAGUGCUUCAAAUUUUUCAAGGAAUGAGAAUUUUUCAUCGAAGGAGAUGAACAUCAUAAAGAAUAUGGAAAUCAUUUCAGAUGACUUGCGUGCAUCACAGUAAUAGAAUUACGGAUAAAAAUUCAAAAUUAAAAACAAUAAAAAGAAUAAAAUAUAAAAAUUUGAUUAUACCAAGCAAGAACCUCAUGAAGGUGAGCCUCAGGUAUAAAUUGUAGAAAAUGAUAAAGAACAGUUCCCUGAAUUAAUUGCUAUGAGGGGAUUCACCCCAAAGACAAUUGACUAUAAUCUGAAAGCAUAAACCUUUGUUCAUGGAUCAGGAUUAGACCAAGAUUUAAUCGGCACUCCAGCUGAUUUCGAUAGCUAAGGUAGAAAUUUUUUGAAGCUAGAAAUAGCAAACAGAAAAUAAAAAAUUCAACCUGCAGAGAACCCUUUAAUGCAAAAUAAUCAUAAGUUAAUACCCCCCAAUGAGGAUGAAAAGUAGCUGAUUCAACAAAAAAUUUAACUUCUUUAAUUAAAAAUGAGAGUAAGAAAGCCUAGUCUAGCAACAUCUUAGAAGAAAAUGAAUAAUCUAAAAGGACUUAAGUUGAAUCCAAAUGACCUUAUUACCAAUUCUGAAAUUAUGAUGGAUUUGGUAUAGAAAUCAAUAAGCAGCUAAAGCAGUCCUUCUAAAAUCAGGACUAUGACAAAUUAGACUAGUAGACUUCAAAAAAUUGAAAAUCCUCCGAUGUUUUAGGAGCCUGACUCACCAAUUCCAACAGGAAAUAAAUUUCAUGAAGAUAGAUUAAACAUUUAAAACUUAAAUUUGAGAUAAGCAUAUUCUAACAAAGAAAAAGAAAUUUAAAAAAAUGAAAAAGCAACUGUUGAAAGCCCUGUAAAAUUAUAAGAAGGUUACAUAGUAACAAUAAACAUCGGGACUGAUGCUUAAAAUUCAUUCAAUAAUAAAAAUGAAAAAAGUAUAUCUUAAUCAUUAAGAAAAUCCUAUACAACUAUUAACCAAAGAUAAUCGGUUAUAAUUACAAAUAAAGGUCUUUCUCCAGAGUUAUUAAAGCAAUUUUAAGGUCAGUACCAUCUUAGUAAGGAAAAAGUUAAAGAAAAAAUGUUGGUGUUCUAAUCUUAAGAUGAUUGUGUAACAGAAGAAGCUGAGUCAUUAAAUUAUACCAAUGAUUAGCUUUCAAGUCGAAGAAGUGCUAGAAGUCUUAAAAAUUUCAAUAGAUAUAGAAGUGAGCUUGACUUAUAUAGACAUAUUUCAACUCCUCCAAAAGCUCUAGAUAGUUAAAUGUUAGGAGAAUAUUUACAAAAAAUGUUUAUGUAAACAAAAAACAAAGUUUUGCUUUCACAAAAUUAAGAGCUCCAAGGCUAUAAAUAUGAAAAUAACAUGAAAAACUUUAUUGAGAAAAAUAAAGAUGUAAAGUUGCUUAUCAAUUAAAAAAUUGUUACGAAUUUAAGAAGAUUACUUAAUCAAGAAAAAAGCCUUUGGAUGAGUUGA